AUGUCUGGAAGAAACCGAAUUCACCGAGAGGUUCGAGAAAGUUUCCAUGAAGUUAGAGACGGUUUCCAUGACAGACGUCCUUUGCCGCCUCCAGAGAGACCCUUUCUUCGAGGUCCUCCAUCGUUGUUAGAAGAUCUUCAAAUACAGGAUGCUGAAAUCAGAAGGCUUCUGAAUGAUAACCACAGAUUAGCCGAGGACCGAGUGAUCCUUGAACGAGAGCUCGGUGCUGCUAAGGAAGAGCUUCACCGGAUGAAUCUAAUAAUCUCUGAUCUUAGAUCGGAACAGGAUCUUCAGUCGAGGGAGUUCAGUGAGAAAAGGCAUAAACUUGAGGCUGAUAUUCGCGCCAUGGAGUCUUAUAAGAAGGAGGCUCUACAGCUGCGUGGUGACGUUCAGAAGCUGAAUGACAUGAAACGUGAGCUCAGUGGUGAUGUUCAGAUACUUAGGAAAGAUCUUGUGAAAUUGCAGUCGGAUAACAAGCAGAUUCCUGGUUUGAGAGCAGAGGUUAAAGACCUUCAGAAGGAGCUUAUGCAUGCUAGAGGCGCAAUUGACUAUGAGAAGAAGGAGAAGUUUGAGCUUAUGGAACAGAGGCAGACAAUGGAGAAGAACAUGGUUUCUAUGGCGCGUGAAGUUGAAAAGCUGCGAGCAGAACUUGCUACCGUUGAUAGUAGGCCGUGGGGUUUUGGUGGAUCAUAUGGGAUGAAUUACAACAAUGUGGAUGGCGCUUUCCGUGGCUCUUAUGGCGGCGAGAACGAUAGUUAUUUGGGAUCUUCGGAAAGGAGUCAAUAUUACAGCCAUGGGUCUGGCUCACAGAAGAAACCUCGUCAUUGA